CUCUAUGUUGCAGGGACCGUAUAAUGUGAAUUAUACGAGAUUUGAUUUCUGCUCGGGUCCUCGGUCCAAGAAUUUGACUAGAAACACAAUUAGUUUGCGUUCUGAAGGAUUUAAAUUUUACGGUCAAUUUAAUUUAACAUUUCUCGUUCAGACCCAUAUAGAUGAGGUGAAAAUUGUGGUAUAUUCAUCAAAAGACGAAAAAAUUGGUAAUGUGCUUUGGACCUAUAAGUUAAAUGAUCCAUGCAAGCAUUUUGCUUUUGCUACUUUAAUAAAGAAUGUUUUAAAAGCACCCAAUUGUAUUGUAAAUAAGGGCACAUAUUCCCAGAUUUUGAAUUUUGAAGAAAUUCAAACAACGUUUUUUGGUACGUCCUUCUUUUAUGGUAAAUACUUUUUGAAGGUGACAGCUAUUUCGAAGAAAGGAAACCUCAUUUGUAUACUUAUUGGUAUAGUUUUUACUAAGAAAUCUGGAUCAAAAAAUUAGCUGUAAAAUAAUUUCGACGAUCACUUCAUUUAAACCAUUCAACUGUAGGUAUUUAAUUUGCUUAAAGCAACUAUUAAGCAAAUAGAAUUAUGUAUUUUUAGUAAAUUCUUAUUCUUAUGCUCAAGUGUCCACAAGCAAUAAAACUUCAGAUUUUAGCUCCAAUCUACAAUAUACCUAUAUAUACCUACCUACCUACCUACCUACCUACGUAUGCCGACGUAUACCUACCUACCUAAUCACUCGCGCAAGAAAUUGCGGAAGUAAGGUAGGCAGGUAAAUUUCAGUGGAAAACCUACAGUUUACAUUGACAUCACAAUGAUAUUUAACUACUGCUAAAACUCACCAAUUAACACUUGGUCUUAUUAACACUACUAUAAUAACAUUAUGUGAAUUUACUCAAUUUUCUCAAUGAAACAAAUAUUUGUAAAUUGUAAGUAAUGUGAUAUAUUAUUAUACCUACAUAUCUUUAUAUUACCAAGAGAAUUUAGUUGACUUACUGAAUUCUUCUGUUUCACGGUGGGUCUAAAAAUUUUCCAUUUAAGUUCUCUUUUUUAAAUACCAAGACAAAGUAAAAAUCGUAAUUUUUCAUACAUUCUAACGGGAAUUUUUGAAAAAGAUAAUCAAAUCGAGAGAAAGAUAGUCGAACAUAAAAACAGUAAGUAACUACAGGUAAAUAUAAAAAUUAUUCAUCACAUUGCACAAUAAUGCUUUUUAGAUUUACAACAAGUAAUACUAACAAAUAACUUAACACUAGGUACAAAUAAAUAAAUAAUUUGAGAUUUAUUUUAUUCAUUAGGUACUCUGUCCUAUAAAAACUUUAUUAUUAGUAACACUGUUAAUAAUAUUUUAAACACCGCCAUUUGUAUAAAAAAAUUGAGUUUAUUAAUAUAUUGUUAUUAUUUUUAGACCGUUAUAUCUUCUGCUAAGGAAUUUUUCCCAAAUUGACCACUCCUUCCUACUUCUACAAGGUAAAAGCUAAUCUAUCG